CUCGCUUGGCUUGCAAAGAGCACCUGGCACCUGCUCCGGUGAGUCUGCCUUUGCGCCCCUCCCUCCCUCCCUUCUCCUCCUCCUCCUCCUCCUCCUUUUUUCAGCUCUCGAUGGACUGGAAUACAAGGUCCCUCGCCAGAUGGAGCGGUGGCUGCUGCUGCUGCUAGUAGAUUCGAGAUUCGGACCCCAGUGCUCAAGAAACUGAGAAUCUGCGCUUCUUCUCGCACCUCCUCCUCUUCCUCCUCCUCCUGGUGCUGCUGCUGCUUCUUAAGCUUCGUCUUCGAUUGCUCCUCGUGCUGCUUCUUGUGUCUGAUUUCUGCAGCUGCUGCUGCAGCAGCUAGAGCUUCUUCUUCGGUUUGCGUGUCGCAGAUCCACCGGCAUUUGGAGUUCCCAGCAUGCUUGGCAUCGAGUGAGAAACUACUACUCCCUUCUUCAUGUGCACUUCAAUCGGACUGCCCCACCUGCACCAGCCGCACUGCACUAUCUCCGCUCUGGACGGGGCUAUUCGAUUGGGCGUCGAGCAUUUCCUAUUCGCGGACCGUAUUCAUUUGUCGUCGAUGCCGCAUUGACUUGCCUGCCUCGAGCAUUGUGGUGUAGAGGCUAGUCGUCCUUGCUGUGAAAUUCGGAUCAGGUGGGUGGUGGGUUUAGACCAGAGGAAGAGGGACGUACUUCUCAAUUUGGGCUCCGUCGAAUCGGGUUUUUGGUUCUGGAGAUCGCUGCUGUGAUGUUGGUCCUCGAUUUGGUAGCCCGAUGAGGCUUCGGGGCUUUCGGCUCCGUCUGCUUUGAAAUUCGAGUCCGCCGGAGCUUUCGGGAAAGGUCAGCGCGGAGCUAAGCAGUUGAUUGCGAGUAUACGAUAAACGUUUUGGACUCGAGGAGGUUUAUUUUUGGAGGGGUUCCGGCGGAGCAGCAAUGUGAGCAGGGAGGGCAUUGUAGGAGAAGUGGUGCGCAUCUCGUCAGCGGCACGGAGGAUUGAUGAGAAAGCAGGGAGGCGGACGAGGAGCCCUGCGCAGCUGAUUCUGGGCGUUCGAAGGCAACCCUCCGGCCCAAACCUAGAUUGGCUCCGGAACGCUCACACUUAUGAAAGGUCUCGGGCAUUUGCCAUCUGACCUCGUCGUUGAAGAGUAUUUGUGUUAGAAGACACUGGCCCUGCUGAGAAAGGUUCAUCAGGUGUUUCAACCCAUCAAGGUUGUAACACCUGCCAUUCGUUUCCCAUUUGACAGUUCCGGGAAAAUUGCUGCUCCCAGGAGCAACAUAUUUUCACAGGUCGUGAUCCGUAUCAUUUAGCGUUGCCAGAGCUCUGGAGCUCGUUGAGGCUUGGAGCAAUAAAGACCGAGGGUAUGAUCGGGAAGCUGGAUGGGGGGCGCGAUGGUGUUGCUCCCACGGGCCAGGUCCGGGUUCUUGUAUUAGGGGAUGCGGGUGUGGGCAAAACAUCGCUUAUUCAUCUGAUUGUAAAUGAGAGUCCUAUCACUAAUCCUCGAAGAACUAUAGGGUGCGCAGUUGAUGUGAAGCAUCUAGUUUAUAAGGAGCCGAUCACAAGUCCAUUCAACAGCAGGCAAAAAGACCGAGAGUUUUUUGUAGAGCUGUGGGAUGUAUCAGGCCACGAGCAAUACAGACAGUGUCGAUCAUUGUUCUACUCUCAGAUAAAUGGGGUUAUCUUUGUCCAUGAUUUGUCUCAGCGCAACACCAAAGCGAGUUUGCAAGGUUGGGCGAAUGAGGUUGCCUCGCUUGGAACCUUUUCGGCACCGCUUCCCCAUGGCCAAAGUGGUACUUUACCAGUACCAUCUUUGGUGAUAGGGAACAAAUCUGACAUUGCUCCCAAAAAUGGAGUUACAGGGAGCAGUAGUAAUCUUGUCGAUGCUGCCCGUCAAUGGGUUGAAAAACAAGGUCUACUUACCCCGAGUGAUGAACUCCCGACAACGCAAACUUUUCCAAGUGGUCGGAGCCUUCAUGCUGCUGCAAAAGAAGGAAAUUUGGACAUGGAAUCCGUAAGAAGAUUUUUCCUUUCUCUAAUCAGGCGGAGAUACUACUCCGAAGAUCUUCAGGCUAGCAGUCCCGUGCUACAAUCAUGGGAUAGGCCCACCAUAAGUAGAUCUCCGGCUCCAGUUUCAUAUCACAGUAGAAACUCAUCUCUUGGGGAAAUUCAAUAUCCGCAACCCAGUACUUACAACGGCAGCCCCUACAAUGGUCCGUACAACGGCCCCGAGACUCCAAACAAUGUUCCGUGGUCAAGGCAGCAAAGAUUAUCACCCCCACAUACACCUUCACCUGAGCAGCCCUUUUCACAAGACGACUUCCUUCCCGUGAGAACAAGUUCUUCCGCUGCUGCAUACUCUCGAAGUGGAAGCUCCAGCCACAUAGACAUUCAUCUGUAAAGUUCAUGUAUGAUUCUUUGGCACACAAUCUAUGCAAUAAUAAAUAUGCUCCGUUAGAAAGGACAGCCAUACUCAAAAGAGCGGUAAAUUUGGGAGACCAAAGUCAGCAUAAAUUUUCUUUGUUCGUUAUCUUCUUGACUCACUCUUGACAGUAGCUUGAUGAUGAUGAUCAAUGGUUUGGGACCUCUUAAAGGGCUUAUCUUUUCUGCGUAUAUAAAAUAGGGUCCACAUGGACCUUUCAAGUCGAAGUUCAUAGCGGACGGGGUAAUUGCCUCAGAUAAUGUGUACAUAUGCAGCACCUUGGGUUCGGCGGGAACGUAUUGGACCUGAAUUAGGAAGGUGAAGAUGAUUUAGUUGCCAGUCGUUUGGCUAUCAACUAUCGUUUACAGGACAUUGUUAAGAUUGAGUUGAAUGAAAUUCAGUCGGACCGCAGUAUUCACCU